GGAAGGCGGUGCCUUAUAGGGCGGGCGCGGGGCCGCGCCUGCAGAGCCGCGCCGAGCCGCCGAUACCCUGGACAGCGCCGCGCCGCCACCAUGGAGACCCUGAAAGCUUUUGACCGGGAAGUAAAUGCGUUUGUGGACUAUAUGUUUGGACCUCGAGAUACCAGGGUUAGAGGAUGGUUCCUUUUGGACUCUUACCUUCCCACGUUUUUCCUUACUGGAGCAUAUCUACUCUGCAUAUGGCUGGGCAACAAGUUCAUGAAGAACAGGCCUCCUUUCUCCCUCAGACCUCACCUCAUCGUGUACAACCUGGGCAUCACGCUGCUCUCCUUCUACAUGCUGAUAGAGCUCAUCCUUGCCACGUGGGAAGGCGGCUACAACCUGCAGUGCCAGAACCUCCACAGCGCAGGGGAGGCUGAUAUCCGGGUAGCCAAGGUGCUGUGGUGGUAUUAUUUUUCCAAAGUAAUUGAAUUCAUGGACACUAUCUUCUUUGUGCUGAGAAAGAAAAGCAGCCAGAUCACCUUCCUUCACGUGUAUCACCAUGCCACUAUGUUUAACAUUUGGUGGUGUGUUCUGAACUGGAUACCUUGUGGGCAGAGCUUCUUUGGACCCACUUUGAAUAGCUUUAUCCACGUGCUUAUGUAUUCUUACUAUGGACUGUCAGUCAUCCCUUCCAUGCGCAAAUAUCUCUGGUGGAAGAAAUACCUCACUCAGGCACAGCUGAUCCAGUUUCUGCUCACGAUUGUGCACACACUCAGUGCAGCUGUGAAGCCAUGUGGAUUCCCAUUCGGCUGCCUCAUGUUCCAGUCCUCCUACAUGGCCACACUGGUCAUCCUCUUCAUCAACUUCUACAUUAAGACAUACCGGAAAGCACCUUCAAGAACAGCUGUAAAGGAAACCCCUGCCACAACAGAAAUCAAGAAUGGUUUCCAUAAGGACUACUUUGCUGCUGCCAAUGGAUUGCAGAAUAAUAAGAAGGCACAAUAAGUAUAGUGUUUCCUAUGUUUUUUUUUCUAAAGAGAAAAAGAAAAAAGACUGAAUUAUAAGCUUUAGCUUAAAACCUAUUUGAUUACAUUUAUCAGUUCUUUGUACCAGACACUUAUUAAUGUACUGCUGUUUAGGUUUUAACAAAAUGAGUAGAAUUACUUGUCUUGUCAAAGAUCAACAUCAGAACAAAGAAAGCCAAGAUCUUUCUCAUAUGAAAAAGAAAACCUUUCUGAUCUCUAAUGCUGACACAAAAACGCCUUAUGAAACACUUGAUGGAUAAAUCCAUCAAUGCCUUCAAAAGGUUAGGACUCUGUUCAGACUAACAUGGUGAGCACUUUCUGUGCAUGUCAGAGGUCUUGAGGCAAGGCUUCACAGUGCACCCAGUACAUCCAGCUGAACUGCAGCCAAGGCCAGGAAAAUAAAGGAGGGGUGGCAGGAAAGGUGAGAAUUUCACCUCUUCCAUCACCAUACCCCUCUUUUCUGCUUCUCAGCAAUUCCCCAAAGCACACUAGCAAGGUAGCAUUUGACCCUUUGGGAGCCCUGGGGAAGGACAUGAUAGGGGGCAGAGCCCAGGUGCACCAUCCCACAGUUUGCAGGCAGUUAUGGCUCCACACUCACUUGCUUUACACGAGUGCAACCUGAUUCAAAUGAACAUAGAGCAAAACAAGUCACUUCGGAUGUGCUAACUUAACAGAAGUCCUUAGUAAAUGGAUUUUGAAAGAGAUAGGGUCAUGCAAACUUAAGGCAGAUAAAUCCUUGAGUGUAAAUGUGUGUAAAGUUAAUCCUAUACAAACACUGCUAAUUCAAAGCAAACUGUCAUGCUACAUAUUAAUAGACUAGAAGAUACAGAAAAUUUGUGAGUUCAGCAAUGAGCCAAGCAGGUUAUACAGGAGUUUCUGUGGCAGGUGGACCUUAGUCAGACUUGUCACUGGCUGGAGAAACAGACAGGAUCAAGGCACAAGCUGCUGGAGGGGAAGUAAGGAGAUAUCUGCUGUCUGCAGCUAUAAAGGUGUCUCCCAACAGUCCAUCACCAUGUCUGUUGCUACAGUUCACUGCAUUUACCCCCACUUAAAUGCUUAGAAAUGAAGAAUACCCAGGGUUAAUGUCAUGAGUCUGCCCUCACCCUUUUCUCAUUUAGCCCACUUAAUUUCCUCUACUAAAAACAGACACAGACUUUUUUUCCUCACAGUGAAGUAGUUUGGAUCUCUUCCAUUCUCAUGUCUAAAAUUCUCUUUUCAAAAACAACUUUCAGAGUCACUCCAGCCCAGCAAGUACCUUGAAGUGAAGCAGUUCUGUAAAGGAAAUAUGUUCUCUCACUCCUGUCACCUUGCAGAGUCCCACAGAAGGAGGAGGACAAAACACAUACCUAGCCAACACAGAAGGCCCACAUGUAGAAGAGGCUGUCCCAAAUCCUGCUGUCCAAUUUUUCUCCACUUCUAGAGGGUCAGUUAUCUCCUCCAGAUACCCCCAUUUAGAUGAUCUGCUGUCAGGAGGUCUUGGAGACUGCAGGCAUAAAGGCAGGAGGAAGGUUUAUCCCAGGGAGCAGUAUGGAUACAGGGCAGCCAGCCUCACCAGGAGAGACUGCAGCCCAGAGGGCUCAUGGAUAGGAAGGAAAGAGGCUGAGGAAGUGGUACAGGAGGGGAAGAAGAACAGAUGGGGUUGUCCAGUAAAAGCAGGAGGAGAAAAUGGCAUGAAGAAGGGUGUCUUGUGUCAGAAUUCUGCUUGACUGUGUGCUUGAAAGUCCCAUUGAAUGCCAUCUGUCUCCAGCCAGUUCUAGCUCCAUUGUAACGUGGACAAAACUUUUCUGCUUCAGCAGAAAACAGAAGUUCCCAAAAUGCUACAGCAGAAACAGCACCUCUUAGCAGCCUGACUGCUGAACUUCAUUGUUGUCAACUGGGUGACCAAAAUAGCUGCAACAUUCAAACACUUUUACACCAGCACACCAGCCUAGGUCUACCUGGUACAUAUUCACAUUUGCUCCCCUCUUCAUGAAGAUGGUCAUGAAACCUCACUUACUGAAAGUCAGUGUUUUGUUUUAUUUAACACUCAGUAAGGGGGAAAGCAGCCACCCAAAAGACAAAACCCAACUAAAAAAAGCCAAGAACCCUGCAUUCACAAAGCCUGGACACUGUAUGGAUAUGCUAUUUCCCUCUGGCCCUUCCAGAAACUUUACAGGCAUUUCUGAUUGAUACUGUAAAAAUCCCAAGACAUAAGAAAUUAGUGGGUUUGACUGAGGGUGUUUUACACAGCCCUGAGUAAAGGGAGAGCUUCAGAGCUCUGUAGAAAUCAGUUUAAUACUGGAAGCCAGGGUAAAAGCAGAGGAAUUUGAAGGAGCUGACAAGAUAGUGAAGAAGGCAAUGAGCUGGACCCUUCAUCUAAAGCAGGCAACACAAGGGUUGUGUGGCCCAGCAUGGAUUUUAGGCCGAGUGGAGUCCAUAAUCUUUUGAUGGCAAAGCAUGCAUUUGACUAUCAAGGUGGAAAGCGUCAGCUGUGCUAAGUGUUAAAGUUUACUAUGGCAAUCAAACCCACAGAUAUUGUCUUUUGUUCUCUUGAAACCUCAUUCAAAAGAAAAGGAAAUAAAUGCCUUACUUGAAAAUUCAAAGGGCUGGGGAAAAAAAAAACAAAAGAAAAUGAAAAAAAAAAAAAAAAGGAAAAAAACCAGAUGGUCUCAGAUCUUGCAGAUCCAGAUCAGCCAGGAAGGCUGGAAUCAGGUAUGUUUAAAAUUCUUCAGAUAUGUCUUAACACCUUCCAAAUGCCGCAACUUUGAAGAAAGAAGCAUUGACUUUUUAAACUGAUUUUCCUGUAAUACAUAACACUGUAAAUAAACAAAUUUUACUAUCA